CCACCUGUAUCGCGCCAUACUCACCACUUGACUUUACAUCUUCUGUUGCUCAGAACCCGCAUUUCAAUAGAUAGUGAAUGCUGUUGGUUCUCGCUGGUACGGGCGAUUUAUAACUAAUCACAACCCAUGAAUUGAACGCAAUUCCUUCCCGCAUACCGCGGGGAGACUAGACAUGAUCUCGGUCGAAUCCACGGUCACGCAGGCAGUAACUGCAAUAUCUUCAAUCGCAUCUGUCUCUCCGUCGACCGGACUGACUGCCAGUGCCUCGAACAUAACAUCCGCGUUUCUCCCGACCGCAAAGGACCUACUGCGCAACCCGUUUCGGAUCACGUCGCAUAUCGACCAGUCCUUCAUCGACUAUUGGAAUCGCUUCGUUCCUGAAAGCCUUGGGAAGUGGCUUUGGCUAGGGACAGAGGCUGGCAAUCCCGGCGUGGGAGGGGGAGCAAUACAAACAAUGGCUGAUGUGGCAGCACAACCUGGUUUGGCGCAGGCACUUGGAGAAACAGGUCCAGCAUCGUGGCCGGCUUUCUUCGCUGAGAUCUUUCAGGCCAGUACGUUUAAGAGCUACUGGGGCAUGUUACACUACCUCACGUCAAGAUGGGCGUUUACGUGUUUCGCUAUGGCUCUCAUCCUCAACAGGAUCGGUGUCUAUGGUGCUUCGAGACAACGGAUCUUUCUGGGCUGGCCGAAGAGACUCGCGCUCCGAAUCAUGCCCCUCCUACUCCUCACAACCCAAGUCUACCAACUUCUGCAGGCGAUUCGAUGUCAGACAUCGCCCGACUUCUCGCUCUUUCGACAUGGCGACAACAACAAAUAUAGCCUGUUGGACUGGUCUAAAGAUGGUGGCGCACUACAUACUAUGACAUCUGCGAUACUCUUCCAAUCCACAGAUGCUGACGCCUGUGCUGCCCUUGGGAUGAGCAGACCGAGCCCCGAGAAACGAGCAUCGCAGGGUUCGUUCUCACUUUUGUGGCCGUCUUUCUUGCGCUUGAGUUUGUCUCAUGUCGUGGAGAGUCUGUCAUGCUCUUUACAGCAAGUACCGUCCAUGACCGAGGUUGGUAUGUCAGUGUUUGAACAUUCACUGGCAUUUGCGGAGGCUGAAACGGCACUGGCGCAUACUCUUGGUAUCGGACUUUUUGGCCUAGCCAAACCAUCGGAGGGAGGCCAGCCCAAUAUCACCAUCCCUCAAUCACAGCCCACGAUACCUGCAUCAGGCACCAUUCUCGCUCUGGCUGACGCUACUGCUGCCUUGACCGGACCGCACAUCCUGGAUCGCUUCAAUGUGCCCGUGGAGUUACUACUAGUAACACUGCUGUCAUGUGGCAAUUCGCUAUCUUCCCACCUCAUUGCUGUCUUCGGGAAACAACGGCAGUGGCGCCUCGUUCACACUGGUGUUUGGGGAAUGGCUUUCAUGGCCUCUUUCCUUUGGGGUCUUCUGAGCACCAGUGUUAUGGUCCGGAGCGGAGAGGAUGGUGACGAGCGUCCUGUGAGCAGUUUGCUGCAUUUUCCGACGGUUGCUAUUGUGGGCUUCUUACCGCAUAUGGCCAUCUUGGUCGGCAUCGGAGUUUGCUUCGUCAUCUAUCUUGUGGCACUUACUUUUACGGCCAUCUCACUGGGCACAAAUCCGAAUAUACCUCGACCUACCAGUCUGAAGGAGCGGUUCAGUAUCGCUCAUGACAACCUCCAAGCGGCUGUUCAAACUAGAGGGGUGAACAUCCGGUGGUACGAGGAUUUUUACACUGCUCUACUCCGUGUCGGCUUCGCUGCAUUGACUGUGGCAUCGGAAGCAGUGUUCCUCAAUGAGGGUCGGUCAGUCGAAGUACGGCAAUUUACAUGGCUCGAAGAGGACAGACUUGAUGAAUUUGAGGCGGCCACGACCGAAAAAGGACCAUUUUCCAGUGGUCAGCAAUUCCAAAUUUUGGAAGAGUAUGGUUUGCCCUCGUCGAGCCCUGGCGGCACCGACAAAGGCGGAAUUUGGGAGUCUGGUUACUUGAAAGAGCGCAAACUUGAUAAAAAGGAGGGCGAAUUGAAAGCUAAAGAUUCUUUUCUGUAUCCAACUCCUAGGUCAGGCGGAGUUGGAGCUGUCCAACGCACAACACGUUUUUACCUUCUCAUGAUUUACCUGCGUGGGAUCAUUUUCUUGAUUGCUGGAUACAUUGGCUUUGGGUGUGGAGUCGUGUUGGACUCGGUUGGGAUUACAGCUAGACCGCGUUGGCUGAAGAAGAUCGUUGGUCGAUCACUGAAGAAGAUAAAUGCAGAACGAAAUGCCCCGAGGAAUGACCGUGUGCUCGAUUUCUGGUCGAUCAACGAAGAUGGGAAGUUGACGGGUCCACGUAACGACGACGUGGAUAUUGAACCGGAAAUGAGGAGACGAUUGAUGACCGAGUUUCCGGACGAACGAGUUGACGAAAUUCUCGAUUCGAAGCUGUACGACUGGUGGAAGUCUGGCGGAUGGUUUGGUAUGAAGGAUGAGAGCGGUGAUUUCCAGCCUCCCCAGAGCGACGAUGUCGAUGACACCACGAGCGUGAUCUCUAUGUCGACCAAUGCUAGUACAGAUGGUAACGAGGUGGAAGAUGAGAAUGCCUGGGAAUCUGAGCCUGAAGGAGCAAGGACGCCGACUCAAGACUCUGCUCCAUCGUGGUCGUUCUCAGCUAUUGAAACGAGGGAGUCUACGCCAGGUUUCAACGACUCGCCCCUCGACUCUGCGACAUUGGCGAGACUCCUGAACCCGCAAGACCGCGAGUCGCGUGAAGAAGCACGGAUCCUGGCGGCGCACCUGGCCAAUACGUCGUCCGAUUCUCCUGGGAUCAUGACUCGCUCGCGCUAUCGUCGUGAGAUCGAUGGCGAGCGGGCACGGAUUCUGCUUGCUGGACGCAGCCCGCAGACCCAAAUGCAGGGUCCCACGAUAUCUUUGUUCAGCGCACCAAAUUCCUCGGGGCCAAGACCACUGACUGCGCAGGAGGAAGGUGAGGUUCUUGAAUCUCUGAUCCUCAGUCGCCGCAAGAAGAAGGCAGCUGUUCCGGCAAGGACCGAAGAUGUGGGUGCUGGGGGUGACGAUGAUGAGGAUAGACAAGCUGGUCCACCUUGUGUGGUGUGCCACAGUUCACCCAGGACUAUCAUCGCGUGGCCAUGCCGGUGUCUUUGUGUCUGCGAAGAUUGCCGCGUGAGUUUGGCGCUGAACAAUUUUGGGAAUUGCGUGACUUGUCGAAGGGCUGUACAAGGGUUUGUCAGGCUCUAUGUGCCUUGAGCGAAAGUCCGUUAAGGGGUGAUGGAUAUUUUACGCAGGAGUCAGGCAAUUCAGAGAGGCUCUUCAUCGACCGGUCCUGCUGCUUGAUGAGAAUCGGCGGUGUAUAUUUGGACUGCAGCCGCUUCGUAGCGACAUAGAUGAGUAGACUUCAUGCUACGAAAUGUACCAACGUGAGGCUGUAUUUCUGC